AUGGGGUCUUCGUUGCGGCAUUUCAUCAAACAGUUGCAGUGCGACAAGACCCUCCUUCGGCCUCUUCUCAUAUCCCUUACGUCCAUUAGACCUCUCUCCUCGUCUUCACAAACAACAAAACCUGGAGGAUUAUAUGCUUCGUUUUUCUGCACACUAAUCCACCUAUUACUCUCUCGCAACCGGCUCUCAAAAGCAGCAGAUGCUUUCAGUGCCAUGCGAAAUUACAAUUAUGUUCCUGAAAGCUUACAAUCUUGGAACCGCCUCCUUCGAGAAUUCAACAACUCAGGGAUGGUUUCUCAGGUAUGGUUUGUUUAUUCGGAGAUGAUCUCUUGUGGUGUUACUCCAAAUGUUACAACUCGCAAUAUAGCACUUCAUUCUGUAUGUAAAGUGGGUAGAGUCGGAUUAGCUUUAGAUUUACUAAGAGAUACUAGUUUUGGUGAAUGUGAUGUUGUUAGUUAUAAUACUGUGAUAUGGGGUUUUUGUAAAUACGGGUUUGUUGACCAAGGAUUUGGGUUAUGUUCGGAGAUGAUUAAAAAGGGGUUUACUUUUGAUGAAUUUACUUGUAAUAUAUUGGUCAAGGGUUUUAUAGAUACAGGUUUUUUGGGAUAUCUGGAAUGGAUUCUUGAUCAGUUUGGUUAUAAAGGAAUUGGUUAUGUGGAUGUAGUUGGUUUCAAUACUUUGAUUCAUGGGUAUUCUAAAGCUGGCAAUGUUAAUGCUGCUCUUGAGAUGUUGAGUAGGAUGAUGGAAGAAAAAUCUUUCCCUAAUGUUGUUACUUACAAUACUUUGAUUGACAUGUUCUGCAAGAUGAUGGAUAUUCCUCAGGCUAAAAGUCUUUUUGAUGAGCUUAUGGUACCUCAAAACAAUGGUGGGUCGGUUCUUGAGGAACUGAAUAUAAAGCCAAAUGCUAUCACAUAUACUUCACUUAUCAAUGGGUACUUAAAGCAGCAAGGACUUGAAGAAGCUCUUAAUUUGUAUGAGAAAAUGGCCAUGGAUGGAUUAUCAUAUGAUGUAGUCACUUACACUUCUCUUAUAUACGGCCUUUGUAAGCAUGGGAGGAUUGAUGAUGCUCAAGCACUUUUUAAGGAAAUGCAACGGGUUGGUAUAUACCCUAAUCAUAUAACAUACUCUGUGUUUUUACAUUCGUUCUUUAAGUCAAGGAAUGCAGCAGUUCCCCUUGGUCUACAGAGUCAAAUGGUGGUACGUGGAAUUUCUUUUGAUGUGGUUGUAUUCACCAUUAUGAUGGAUGGGCUAUUUAAAAGUGGAAGGCCUGAUGAAGCUGAGAUGAUGUUUAAAAGUCUUUUAGCUUCUGGUUUAGUUCCAAAUUGUGUCACUUAUUCUGCAUUGAUUGACGGGCGUUGCAAGUCAGGAGAUUUGGAUAAUGUGAAGUCUGCACUUCAAGAAAUGGAGGGCAAAAAUGUCUCGCCAAAUGUCAUUACAUACACUGCUCUGAUCAAUGUUUUUUUAAAAUUUGGAAAGCGUGAAGCAGUUCUUGAAAUCUUGGAAAAAAUGGUGGUUGAGAGAGUUAUGCCAAAUAUUUUCACUUACUGUAGCCUAAUUGAUGGCUAUUUUAAGGCUGGAGAAGAAGAAGUGGCUAUCAGAUUUUAUGAGGAAAUGAAAUCGUGCGGAUUAGAGGAAAACAACUUUGUACUUGAUGCUUUUGUUAAUAAUUAUAAAAGGAAAGGGAAAAUGAAUGAGGCUGGUUUAUUUUUUCAGAAUAUGAUAUCAAAAGGACUAUUUCCUGAUUCUAUUAAUUAUACAUCAUUAAUGGAUGGUUAUUUUAAAGCUGGUGAAGAGUUAGCUGCUUGUAGAAUGGUUGAAGAGAUGACUGAGAAAGAUGUGCAGUUUGAUGCUGUUGCUUAUAAUGUUAUAGCAAAUGGGCUAUUGGGAUUGGGGAAAUAUGAAGUGGAAUCUGUUUAUAAUGGAAUAAAAGAACAUGGGUUGUCACCAAAUCUUGAAACAUUUAACACAAUCAUUGCUGCCUAUUGCAGGGUGGGUAAAAUAGACAAUGCUUUAAGUUUAUGGAAAGAGAUAAAGAGUGUAGGGUUAGUGCCCAAUGAGAUUACUUCAAAUGUCAUGGUGGGUGGACUCUGUGAAGCAGGAAAGAUUGAUGAAGCCAUGGAUUUGUUGAAUGAAAUGGCAAGUUUACGGAUUUACCCUAGCUCCACUACUCACAGACUUAUGCUCUAUGCAGCUUCAAAAAGUAACAAAGGGGACGAUAUUUUGUUGAUUCAUGACCGUAUUAUAGCUUUGGGCCUUAAACCGAGCCAAAAAGUCUAUAAUGCCCUUAUCACCACUUUAUGCAGGCUAGGCAUGACAAGAAAAGCAACAUUAGCAUUACAAGAAAUGAAAAGCAGCGGCUUUUCUCCUGAUAUUGUUACGUACAAUGUGUUAAUUAAUGGGUAUUGUAAAAGCUCCCAUUUAAAAAAGGCUGUUGAUACAUUUUUACAUAUGUUGGUUGAAGGAGUCUCUCCUAAUAUUUCAACUUACCAUACCCUUCUUAGGGGUCUUUCAAAGGGUGGUCUUAUGAAAGAGGCUUUGAAACUGGUUGAUGACAUGUUGGAAAGAGGUUUUGAGAUUGAUUCUGAUGUGUAUAACAUUUUGGUUUCUGGGUAUGGUAGGAUUGGGAAUAGGAGGGAAGCGAUUAGGUUUUAUUGUGAAAUGAUAUCAAAAGGAUUUGUCCCUCAAACUGGUACUUAUAAUGUGCUUAUAAGUGAGUUUGCUAAAGUGGGAAUGAUGAUUCAAGCAAGAGAGCUUAUGAAUGAGAUGCAAGAGAAAAUGGUUCCUCUUAAUUCUUCAACUUAUGACAUAUUGAUAAGUGGGUGGUGUAAGUUAGCAAAGCGAGCUGAGCUGGAGAGCGCGUUGAGGAAUUCAUAUGAGUAUAAAGUAAAAAUGUUGUUAAAUGAGAUGAAUGAGAAAGGUUUUGAGCCAUUUGACAAAAAAAAAGAAGAAAAAGAGUUGAGUGCUGGAUUGGAGUUGUAUCCCCUAGGUGAAGAUCCUAAAGAUGUUGCUGAAUACAUUGUUAAAAGGGAAGGGUUCUUGCCUUGUGAGAUUCCUGUUCAGAGAAGUCAGAUGAUGGAUAUAAUCUUUUCUGUAAAGACUAAAGAGCCUGAUCUUGAUACUGGAAUCCCGUUUAGAGCUGAGGUAUCUAAGCCAAAGCUUGAGAUUCAAGUCUAG